ACAUAUGACAGGCUGCAGUCAGGCAGUUUGCAGACGCUCCCUAGGUGUGACAGGCUGGGCUGCCUCCUAGUAGCCGGCAGUAGGAGUCACGCUUGAAGCCCGGGAGGGAUUACAGGCUGCGGCGCAUAGGGGAGAGGAUAUCCCGGCGCAUCGCACAAUCUGCUGAGCUUUGGCAGAGACGAGCUGUGAUUUGUACGUCCCAAAGACACUGAGAGCUGCUGGGUUUGGAUGGAUACCUAGCUCCGCAUCUGGGAUUGUUUCUUCCUAUGCAAAUACUCUUCUGCUGGAAUCCUCCUUCUCUAGGACCCCGGUGCAUCCUGCUGCAGCGCCCCGCUCGUCAUCCCCGGACUCUCGGAUUCCCCCAUCGCGAUCUCUAGGGGAAGAGUGGGGGGCACCAUACUGCCUGCGAUGCACUGAGGUCGGGAGGGGGGAGCCGCAAACAUGACGGUGGAUUUUGAAGAGUGCAUCAAGGAUUCACCCCGCUUUCGGGCAGCGAUAGACGAGGUGGAAACAGAUGUGGUGGAAAUUGAAGCCAAACUUGACAAGUUGGUGAAACUAUGCAGCAGUAUGCUAGAAGCUGGCAAAACCUACCUUACAACCAACAAGCACUUUGUAAGUGGCAUCCGAGACUUAUCACAACAGUGCAAGAAAGAUGAGAUGAUCUCGGAAUGCCUGGACAAAUUUGGAGACAGCCUGCAAGAGAUGGUGAACUAUCACAUGAUCCUGUUUGAUCAGGCCCAGAGGUCUGUACGGCAGCAGCUGCACAUGUUUGUCAAAGAUGACGUGAGGAAGUUUAAGGAAUCCAAGAAGCAGUUUGAUAAGGUGAGAGAGGACCUGGACAUUGCACUGGUAAAGAAUGCACAAGCACCACGCCACAAACCGCAUGAAGUGGAAGAGGCCAGUAGUACGCUGACCAUAACAAGGAAAUGCUUCCGGCACCUUGCACUUGACUAUGUAUUACAGAUCAAUGUCUUGCAAGCCAAAAAGAAGUUUGAAAUCCUAGAUGCAAUGUUGUCAUUCAUGCAUGCCCAGUACACCUUCUUCCAGCAAGGAUACAGCCUACUAAAUGAGCUGAAUCCCUAUAUGAAACAACUCGCCUCAGAGUUGGAUCAACUGGUGAUUGACUCUGCUGUGGAAAAGAGAGAGAUGGAGCACAAACACGCGACCAUUCAGCAAAGGACACUUCUUCAGGACUUUUCCUAUGAUGACUCCAAGGCUGAUUUUAAUGUUGAUGCUCCUAAUGGAGUUGUAAUGGAAGGAUAUCUCUUCAAGAGGGCCAGCAAUGCAUUUAAAACGUGGAACCGGAGAUGGUUCUCCAUCCAGAACAGCCAGCUGGUUUAUCAGAAGAAGCUGAAGGAUGUUCUGACUGUGGUGGUGGAGGAUCUGCGACUAUGCACUGUGAAGCCUUGUGAAGAUAUAGAAAGGCGGUUUUGCUUUGAGGUUGUCUCACCUUCCAAGAGCUGCAUGCUUCAGGCUGACUCUGAGAAGCUCCGACAAUCAUGGAUCCAGGCGGUGCAAGCAAGUAUUGCCUCUGCGUAUCGGGAGACUCCAGAUAACUAUUAUAUUGAGCGACUUGAUAGAACGGCUUCCCCUUCAACUAGCAGCAUUGACUCAGCCAGUGAUUCUCGGGAGCGCAGUGUGAAAGGAGAGAGCAUUCUGCAGAGAGUGCAGAGCAUAGCAGGGAAUGACCAGUGCUGUGACUGUGGACAGACUGAUCCUCGAUGGGCCAGUAUUAAUCUGGGCAUCACACUUUGCAUUGAGUGCUCUGGAAUUCACAGGAGUCUUGGUGUGCACUUCUCCAAAGUCCGUUCCUUGACUUUGGAUUCCUGGGAACCAGAAUUAUUGAAGCUGAUGUGUGAAUUAGGAAACAGCACAAUAAACCAGAUCUACGAGGCAAAAUGUGAGCACUUAGGCCUCAAAAAGCCAACAUCAGGGUGUUCUCGGCAGGACAAAGAGAUUUGGAUAAAGGCCAAAUACGUAGAGAAGAAGUUUUUGAAGAGGUUAGGGGCUGUGGAAGUAGAAAAUGACAGGAAACCACAAAGAUGGAGUGUGAAGAAAUGCCACCGUAACAACAGCACCACCAAAGUGCCCUCUACCCGCAGGAAAUACCGACAUGAGAUGGGAAGCGCUUCUCCAGCCAUGCUUUCUUCAGCCGCAACUCUGGAGAGGAAGUUCCGACGGGAUUCUCUGUUCUGCCCAGAUGAGCUGGACUCUUUGUUUUCUUACUUUGAUACAGGAUCUGGGCCACGCAGUUUGAGCAGUGACAGUGGGCUAGGUGGUAGCACAGAUGGCAGCAACGACAUUCUGGUAUUUGGAGCUGUGGUGGACAGUGUCACAGAGGAAGAGUGUGAGGUUUCAGAAGACUCAAGUGGAGAAGUAGAGACUGAACAGGAGCCAUCAGAUCCAGAAGAUCUACGGGAACUACAUCCAGGCCUGCUUAUGUUCAGGGCGUCACGCACCAGAAACCUUCCAGUAAUGGCAGAAGCUCUGGCUAAUGGGGCCAAUGUGAACUGGGUUAAUGAUGAGGAUGAAAGCAAGACUCCCCUUAUCCAAGCUGUUAUAGGGGGGUCCCUCAUUGCUUGUGAGUUCUUGCUACAGAAUGGAGCAGAUGUAAACCAAACUGACAUGAGAGGAAGGGCACCUAUUCACCAUGCCACAUAUCUAGGACAUACCGGUCAGGUCUGUUUGUUCCUGAAACGAGGAGCCAAUCAGCAUGCAGUAGAUGAGGAUGGACAAGAUCCGCUGAGUAUUGCUGUGCAGGCAGCCAACGCAGAUAUUGUUACAUUGCUUCGACUUGCUCGGAUGAAUGAAGAGAUGAGGGAAGCAGAAGGACCAUUCGGACAACCAGGUCAAUAUCCCAGCAACAGUCCAACUGAGCAGCAGUACAGAAAGUGCAUCCAGGAAUUCAUCUGCCUUAAUAUAGAUGAGUGUUAGAGUCACAUACACAAACUGAAUGGGGUGCAGCUGAUCCCUACUUUUGAACUUUUACAACACUAGCUGGUCUUGGCAUCCUUUUGGAAACCUGCAUGGGGAUGGUCUUCUACCACCAAGGGAGGGAAGGAUUACAUGUGGACCAGGGGCACAAUUAAACCAAAAUAUUUAAGGGAUGUGGACCAGUUUUUUUUCUGUCCUCAUCACUGCCCCAGAAAAAGUAAAGAUGUGAUGAUAUUUGCAUAUUUUAUGUACUGUUUAGCACUUUUAUGAACUGUGAUUAUAAUAAGCUUUUACAUUACCAAGAUUUGGGUGGGCACAAGGGGGUUAGAUGCAUAGACUGUGGUUCAUAUGCCUCUCCAGUGCCUGACUGAAUUAUUAGUAUGUCUUUGUGCAAGCAACUGCCAGCUGAACACUGUAAAAAGUAUACAUACAGAGCAUAGCUGUUCAGGGAAGCUUAAUGAUACCAAGGUCCUUGAGUGUGUCAGCUGCUUAGGUUAUUCAAUUCUUGUCUUGCUGCAUUGGCAGCCAGAAAUUAGAGCCCUUCUUCCAUGAAUGACAAAUAGAGUGUGGAACUCUGCAGUAGUCUAUAGGCCAAAUCUGAGUGGAUAGUUUUGCUGUAAUGCUGCACGGUGUCCUUUGAUGGCCACUUUUUAAAGCACUUUGCUAUAUUGACAUUUGCUUAUACCUGGUGCUGUUUAAAGACUUCAGAUCAGCCGGCUUCCCUUACUCUUCUCCAGCUAUGUGUCUCACAUCCUUCACUGAAAGGUUAUGGCUGAAAAGAAGAACUUGCACUGAAAUUUGAUCUCUUACUUAGAGCAUCUCCUUAAUUGUGGAGUUUGCUGUCCAGCUGUAGCACAAAGUCACACUAAGUGCUCUUUUAAUCUGUGACUGGUAGUCAGUGGCCCCUGAUGGCUAUAUUGUCUAGCUGACUAAUGUCACAGAAAUGUUCUGUUAUCAGUGCAAGUUCCCAUGCUUUAGUAGUGAGGGUUAUAAAGGACCUGUGUCUAUAAUCUCUGUCCUCCUUGUGGGGCAAACAAGCGCACUAACUAAACAUGAGGGAAGCCACUACCAUCUACUCUAUUUGUACCAGAACAGGUACAAAGAAGGGGUCUUUACUCUUCACCCAAUCCUGUAAAGCACCACACCAACUGGGUUUUGGUGUCAGAAUAAUCUAUAUUUCAGUACUACCACUUGUGAUUGAAAUAAUUUUCCUACCAGUAUAUGGUUAAUUUACAGAGGCAUCUCCCAUGAAUCCAUGUCAAUCUAGUGCUAUGCAAUUCCAUUGUAUAAAGAGAUCAGAAAGUCAGGGACACACAGACCGGACUGUUAAAUAGUUGGGUAUUAGUAUUCACCAAGACCUGAUCUUGUCACCCAGUAUUCCAUUUACAUUUGCUUAGUCUACAAUUAAUUCAUUCAUUUUCUUUGUGAUAUUCAGUCAUAUGGUUAAAUCAGAUUUUGUUAUAGGGUCUCCCAUCCUCUAAAGCUGAUAUUUUACGGUCAUUUCCUUGGAUAAAGAUGGACUAUUAUAUUCUAUACCUUGCAUCAUGAUUGAAGCCACAUAACCUCUGAUGGGCUUAUUUGAGCCUGGGUAAACAAAUAUGCACCUUAUGACCAGACCUUGCUAACUUGCUUCCAAGGUGAAGCAGGGAGCUAACACUUUUUCAGAAAAGCACAGUGAAAAUUUAGUCUUAAGAAAACGGUUAUUCUCAUUCUAUUGCUAGUUACAGAGCAUGCAAUAAAUUCUUAUUCAUCUGAUCACCAAAUAAUUAAGUGGGAAUGGCAGCCAUAUUUCUAUUAGUCUCCAAAGGCCUGUAAAAUACAUAAAGAAGCUCCAUAUCAUUGCAAGGAUCACUGUAGAAAGCACUGAGGAAAUCGCUAGGGUAGACUUCUGCUAGUAAACAUCCAGAACUCAUGGAUCUUUAAUCCACCACCUGCUCAUUUCCUACACCAGACUGCACUGCCAGACAGAAGCAGGGGCUUCACAAACUAACUAUAGACCAACAGGAAUCCCAAUAAAUAGGGAAAAGGUGCUAUCUUUAUUUGGAGGACUAAACCUUUGGCCAUUUUGCUGUUUUCAGUCCUCCUUGUGAUUUCUUACAAGGAGUUUACAGUAUACUCUAUUUGUAGUAUAUUCUUUGGCAGGUCAGCAGUAGUCACCUAAGAAUAGCUAGCGACGGUCUCUAACCACAGUCAGACAUGCAAUGCAGCCUAUAAAGUUAGGAUUCUUCUCUUCCUGCUGAAUAGGAAGGGCCACUUUCUUCAGUAGUGAUAGGCUAAAUCAUUUCUGGUAAAAGCUGUACAUUUAUGUAAAGGAAAUAAAAUACUCGUGCACUUUUCCUCCUUCCAGUAUUGGAGAUAUACACACAUAUAUAUAUGUAUAUGUUUUGUUUGUGUAAAUGUGGUUUUGUAUGUGACUUUAUUUUGUACUGUUUCCCUUUUUUUCAACAGUGAAAGUGUUAUAUUCUGUUUUGAUAAUUAAUUUAUUAUCGUUUAUGCCAAGCAAAGCAGUGCAUGGCACAUUGGCUGAGACAUUGUCUACACCAAGUGACAGUCAGGCCUCACUUACCUGAAUUUCUAAGGAAUAUGGGGCAUAUUUUAGCAUUUCCUUCUCCACCAUACCAUAUUAUUUGCAAUGAACUGUAGAGUAAUGGCUCUGUGGCCUCCAUAUGUUUACACUGCUUUGGUGGCUUUUUUUGUAAAAUCAAACUUUCUCAUUCUGUUUAUUAUAUUUUAGGUAUAUAUAAAGCAUCCAUUUGGCAAAUGGAAUGUUUGUUUUUCUUUUGUAUGGAAAUCUUUAAUGAAUUGUAGACAGGCUUUUUUCUAGAGGCUCUUUUGAAAAUGGAUGUUUUUUUUAUAACCAAUGUACCAAUGAACAAAAAAAACGAGUCUUUUAACUUCUG